UUGCCAGGUCAAAAAGCCCUGGAAACAGCUGUUUUGUGUUUUUAUAUAGUUUGGAAAUUUAUAGCUCAAAAUUAUGGUUACUGCCACAGAUAAACACAAUUAACAUUUACCUAUAUAACAAUGCUGAGGCUGUGCUUUUCGACCCGUUCAGGAGGUGGCUCCUAUAGGCGUAAUUUUUCCCACGAAAAGCCCAAAAAACUGGAAACGCACUAUGAAGUUUUGAAUAUACGCCACGAUUGCAGCACCCAGGAUGUUCGCAAUGCCUUUGUCCAGCUCUCCAAGUUGUAUCAUCCAGAUGUCAAGAGCCAUGCUGUGUGUCCCGAGAGAACAGCCCGAUUUGUUCAGAUUUCCGAGGCUUAUAAGACCCUGAUAAAACCGCAGAAGCGGCGGGAUUACGAUGACAGCCUGCUGUGGCAGCCAACCCGCUCGGAUCGCAGUCCUGUGGGCGAAACCGUCGAUCCCGGCCAGCCGUGGGAUGUGAAGCCCAACUAUGAUCCCAAUCCAGGACCCUACUAUGGCAUCCGGGGUCUCAAGAGGGUCUCCAACUGGCAGGUGGCCCUGGUUCUAAUGGCCCUCGGAAUUUUCGGAGCACUCUUUGGCUUCACCUCUGUUAGGCACUCCUUUCACCUGAGUCGCCAGCUCCAGGACGAGAUCUCCGCCGAGGCCAAUUCCCACCAUGCAGCCGUUGUGGCCGAUGCCCAGAAAUACGGCAACGAGGAGCAAGUGCGUCGCAUGGUCGACCGCAUGUCCCGGAGUCCCUUCAACCAGACGUCGGCUAAGUAGUCAACCACUUGCGUCAUUGUUUUCGGCCAAAUUAAACGUGAAAGCAAAUAGA